AUAUAUUUGGUGACUGAUGAACUUAUCUUGUUACUGAAACCACAUUUGAGUGCUUUUAUGAAGAAAUAGUAUAACAGGUUCUAACAUAGCAGACAAACACAAGCAUAGUUGAUGGAAUCCAAAUCCAAAGCAUCCUUCAACCUUGCUUUGAAUCUCAUUCUCUUACUUCUGAAUUUGCCACUGAGAGUAGUUCUUAGUGUUGAUGAAUACAGCAUAAAUGACUUCCCACUUGAUUUUGUCUUUGGUUCUGGGACAACUGCAUAUCAGUGGGAAGGAGCUGUUAAUGAAGAUGGAAGAACACCUAGUGUUUGGGAUACCUUUGCCCAUGAUGGUGAUAUGCAUGAAGAAAAUGGAGAUGUAGCCUGUGAUGGAUACCAUAAAUAUAAGGAAGAUGUGAAGCUGAUGGUGGAAACAGGCCUUGAAGCCUAUAGAUUCUCCAUUUCUUGGUCAAGAUUGAUUCCAAAUGGUAGAGGACCUAUCAAUCCCAAGGCAUUAGAGUUCUACAACAAUCUUAUCAAUGAACUGAUCAGCAAUGGAAUCCAACCACAUGUGACACUAAACAACUUUGAUUUUCCACAGGCACUUGAAGAUGAAUAUGGAGGAUGGAUUAGUCCUCAAAUGAUAAGCGACUUCACAAAUUAUGCAGAGGUGUGUUUUAGAGAGUUCGGUGAUAGAGUAUUGUAUUGGAUCACUGUGAAUGAGCCAAAUAUGAUUGCUCUAGGUGGUUAUGAUCAAGCAAUCGUACCACCCCAGCAUUGUUCUCCUCCAUUUUGUGUUAACAAAAGCAUCAGGGGAAACUCAACAACUGAGCCUUACUUGGUAGUUCAUCACAUUUUGUUAGCACAUUCUUCAGCUGUAAGAUUGUAUAGGACAAAAUAUAAGGACAAACAACAUGGAUUUGUUGGCAUCACUAUCUACAUAUUUGGGCUUUUCCCUCAUACAAAUACAGAAAAAGACAGAACAGCAACUGAAAGAUAUCGAGAUUUUACUGUUGGUUGGAUUAUGGAGCCAUUUUUGCAUGGAGACUAUCCCAUUUCCAUGAGAGAAACUGCUGGUGCAAGAAUUCCAUCCUUCACAAAUCGCGAAUCCGAACUGGUUAAGGGUUCAUGUGAUUUCAUAGGUUUAAUUCACUACAGCAAUGCUAAUAUCACAGAUAAUAGUGAAGCACUCAAGAACAAUCUGAGAGAUUACACAGCAGAUAUAGCUGCAAAACUAAUCUCUGGACUGAAUCCAUUUUCAAAUGAAGAGUACCCUGUCGCACCAUGGGGUUUACAUGAAGAAUUGAAUAAAUUCAAGCUCCGUUAUGGCAAUCUUCCUAUAUUCAUAUAUGAAAAUGGUCAAAGAACACCAAGCAAUGCAUCAUUACAAGAUGAGUCAAGGGUCAAAUACUUGCAUGGAUAUAUUGGUGCCACACUUGAUGCCUUGAGAAAUGGAUCAAAUAUAAGGGGGUAUUUUGCAUGGUCCUUUUUAGAUUUAUUUGAGUUAUUGGAUGGUUACAAAGUAAGUUAUGGCCUAUAUUACGUCGAUAGAAAUGAUCCGGAACUGAAGAGAUAUCCAAAACUCUCUGCAAAAUGGUUUAAUUGGUUCUUGAGAGGUAGAAGAAGCACUUCUAUAGUUGGAGCUAUGAAGCUUGUAAAGGAUCCUUCUCAUAUUUCUAUUUGACACUUCUUUGAUGAGUAGGUUAUUUAAUUUUUUAGCAUUAGAGCUUAAUGUGGGAAUGUAUUGGAGAAGUAGAAACCUUUAGUAUAAUAAUUUUUCAUUUCUACAUUGUAUCACAAAUGUUGUUGUCAAAUACUGAUUAAAGCUGUCACCAAAAAAAUAUAAUGAUAAAAGCAGAAGAAUAAUAUUUAAA